AUGACCGUGCAGCCAGUAAGGCUGGAGCGAGAACUGAAAAAUGAAUUGAAGAGCAAAGAAGAUGAGGAUGGUUGGUUUGUGCUUAAGGAUGGCACGCCUGCAAGGUUUGAUUGGUUCAUGGGGAAGACGUUUGACCCAACGGGUCAGUUCCCCAACAGACUCUAUGAGGGAGAAGGAGAUGAAGGAGAUUAUUUCCCUUAUAGGACAACCUUGCUGGGAAAGAUGAAAAGAAGUGGAGGAAGAGUGUUGAACGAAGUGGAUUGGAAGAGUAUGGAUUUCUUUGAGUGUAUGGAGAUCUGGAAGGAUCGCGAAAGAGUGCAACUUGGAGCGAGCCCUCAAGCAAGGUUCGAGGUGAUGGUCACCUUGUUGGAAAAGGGAUUGAAGGAACCGAGUGACUAUGGGUUACUCACGAAUUUGGAAGAGCUUGAAAGAGAACUGGCACAAGAAGGAGUGCCAAUGGAGGUCACAGGAACCUCCACAAGACUUCCAAGACUGGCGGUGGAAACAGACAAAAGAGUUGAAGAAGAAAAGAGAAGCGAACCUUCGCCACCGAGCGACCGUCAAGGAAGUUCAAGUUCUUCGAGUAAGAGUUCGUCGCUGUCUGGAGCAACGCCGGAAGCAAUGGAUGAUGAAAGCGAUGACGAUGAUGACGACCCAGGAGAAGUGAGAACAAAGAGAAAAGCUGAAGAGGAACUGGUGCCGGAUGAGAUGACACUAGAAGAAUUCCAGAGAGAGAUUGAGAAGAGAAGUGCAGAAGAAGAAGGCUUGGAGGAGAAGCAAGAGGAAGCGCGGCGCGAGUGGAGUAUCACAUAA